AUGUUUUAUCUAAGUGUAUUCGCCCUCUUCAUUCUCUCUAUCAGCCUUUCUUUGGCAUCAGAUAUCGAGAACCCUCUCCAGUAUCGCCAGGAUAAUAAUACGACGACAACAACGUUCUCUCCGGUGGCCUCUCCCAGCUCCUCAUCCAGCUCUUCGUCUAUAUCAGUUCCUCAAUCUGUGGGUCCCCAGACCACCGACUCGACAACGAGCACGUCCUCUGACGCUGCAACUACCACCUCGCUCCAAGGUGCGGCUAAGACAAAUCCAACAACCUCAACUACUCAAACACAAUCGAGGCUUUCGACAGAAUUGACGUCCUUUACAUCCAAAGAUGGGUCUUCCUACACCACGUCCUCGAGCACAACUCCAACUGGCAGCGUGACACGCAAGAUUGUGAUUACAAUUAUCUCAACAAGCGGAAGCGUGACUUUAAGCAUUACUUCUACAUCUAAUCAAGUAAUAGCUGCGGCUUUGGCCUCAACCACAUCCUCAGGAGCUCCUGGAAUUGCCCAAAGCAACAGUGGAUCGGGCAGCUCGGGCCUAUCGUCGAGGAGUAAAUCUGUGGUUGGCGGUGUUGUUGGCGGUGUCGGAGGCGCAAUCUUGCUGGGAGGCCUGGCGAUCGUUGUUUGGCGCGUUUGGGGCAAAAAUCGACGGUCACACGGUGCUGAUAACGAUCUGAUGGACCCACAGGCAGGGCAGGAGAAGAACAGCAGUGUCAGAGGUCACAGUCCCUUCCGAUCUACUCUGGAUCAAUACCACAACCCCGGACCAGUCAAUACGGCUUCCAACUUUUAG